GUUUAUCUAACUGUCUUAUAAUUUAUUGAUAAAAUAUUAAAAUUUAAAUCAAGACAUCUUCAAUUAUAUAAAAAGCUCACGAGUCUAAUAUCGGAAUUAAUGAUAAUAGACAAAAUAGAAAAAAAUAAAACCAAUAAAUCCUAACAACUAAUGCCAAAAAUGAAGAUAAAAUAAAUUACACGCGGCGAAAAGUAAGAUGGGGUGGCAAGAAAUCUAUUGCUUUACAAAAGAAUCCAAUCUAAAAAGAAAGUUAAAGAUUGUCAGUUCAUGAACCGACCCAACCCACCUUCGUCUCCCCAUUUCUCUCUCCCUUAAAUAUUCUAAAAUUUGUAAAUUCUAAAACUAAACAUGAACUUUUGCACGUCACUCUCUUUGGUAACCAACCUGAUUUCCAGAUACGUGGCAAAUCCUGCCUUGGACUCACUUAUUCACUUUGACAUAUUUUUCCCUUUUAAAACCCCAAAUAUUCAAAAGCUACAGCACAAUUACUUGAGGCCUUUUCUUUCUUACAAAGAUAAUAAUAAUAAUCCAAAUAAUUCUUCUGUCAUGGGAUGUUGCAACUUUCUUUCUUUUUUUAAUUUUUGUCAUGAGCUUACGUACGCAGAUUUUUGGUUUAGUUUAAUUCGCUUCUCUAACAUUCAUAUGUUCCUUUGUCCAAAACGACACGUGUGAUGCUGCAUUAUGUUUUUCUCUAUUUCUGGCAACUACCAUUUUCUGUUCCUUUUUGCUGUUUUUGGCCUCCGCUCUGAUCAUUGUGGUGUUUCAAAGUUGUAAGCAACUCUGUUACUUCGCACUUUGUUCUUGUUUCACUUGUUCUACAAUUCUUUAACGUGUUCUUUUAAGGAAAAAGUUGUAUAAAUAGUUUCUAUAUGAGUAUUCCUCAAAUGCUUUUUUUACAAGUUUUAUACAGAGAUUUCUGGAGCUGGAACAGCACAGAAAGAUUAGUUGGUGACUCAGCUUUGCCUUUUUAACUGUGGUUGGUUGAAGGGUGGCUUAGUGGACGGCUGAAAGAAACUCAGAGAAAGAGAAACGCCUAGAUUCAUGAGGUUGAAAUGAGUUGCCUCGGAUCCAGGGAACCAGAUUUUGGUAGUGUUUUUCUGGUCUUUUCUAUAAGUAUUUUGAGUUACUUUAUCAUGACACCUUGUGCUUUUACUUGACUGAAUUUAUUAGGGGUAGGAACAUUUGUAUGAUUCUCUUAUAUUUCUCGUUACCUACGGAUCAAACUUCAAAAGGGUUGUUGGUUAAAAGGAAGAAACUGAAGGUUUUCUCUCAUCUAUUCUAGCUCUGUUUGGUCGUUUUAGGCAAAGAAGAGUCCAGAUAUGAAAGUCGUAUAUAGGCUCUAGAGGCAUCCAAGUGUAGGUUAUAAUUUUACUCUGUUUUUUGAUUGCCACAAGCUUGACUUUCAUCUACCCUGGCUUUCUUUCGUUGACAAUUUUCAGUACUUCUUACUGUCUGGCUUCCUGAAAUUUGUGCAAUAAGGCUUGGUAGGAAAUUUCAUUUUCUGGAUUGCAAACGAUUUAUCCCUUUAUACCAGACUGAAUAGUUUGAAGAGUAAUAGCUUGCACGAUUUUGAAAGGUUCAGAGGUUUGAGCUAAUUAUUGCAGGUAAAAGAGAAUCAUGGAGGAGAUAUCUAAAGCAAUUGCUGGUCCGUGUGCCGUCAGGCUAGGUGACGUGAUAUGUAAUGAUUCGAGAACGAUGAUACAAAUGGACAUUACUGGGUGUAAGCUAAUUGCAGAGAAGGCAGGUUUGUUGUCACCCUCGGAAAACAAGUCGAAUCAACCUUGCCAGUUCAUUCCUGGUGGAAACUUAGGUGCUUGUUCAUACAGAGAAAAUACAGCACCAUUAUCUCCACGUGAAGGUAGCAGGGGAGAUGACGGAGCCAUUUUGUCAAAUGAAAUUGAAACUGAGGAUAGUUGUAUUUCUAGAGAAUACAAUCAUCAGGGAAGUCAAAAAGAUGGAUCCAUAUCAUUCAGCGGCGAUCAUGAAUAUUCAUGUUCUCAAUCUGUAGCUAGUGAUGUCAGCAGCGUAUCUGUUGAGGAAGUUUCAGCUUUAGAGGUUAAUUCUGAGAGAAAUUCAUCAACAACUCUGGUCGAGGAAAGAAAUACUAAUGAUGUUCAAGAUGUCAAGAGGGUAGCAGUGGAUCUUGCUGGGGAUGAUGGCAAUAGGUCUGAUGAGUCUGAUCCAAAAUCAACCGAGUCAUUUCUUGAGGUGCCACAGCAAAAGAAGAUAAGAAAAACUGAAAGCCAGUGUCUCUUCGAAUUAAAUUACAUACCCCUUUGGGGAUUUACAUCCAUUUGUGGUAAGAGACCAGAGAUGGAAGAUUCUGUUGUGGCUAUACCUCGAUUUUUGCAAAUUCCUACUCAAAUGAUGAAAGUUGAGAGCAUAACAAAGGGAAUGAAUCACAGUCUAAGCUAAUUAACUGCUCAUUUCUAUGGUGUGUACGAUGGAUAUGGAGGCUGUCAGAUUGCAAACUACUGCCAGGAACGUAUGCAUUUGGCUUUGGCCGAGGAGAUAGAAAUUGCAAAAGCAUGUAUUCAUGAUGGAAAUAUUGGGCACGACUGGCAGGAACAAUGGAAGAAGGCAUUCGCCAAUUCUUUCGGCAAAGUCGAUGCUUAGAUCGCAGAAGUUGAUAGAGGCACUGAUGGGACCAAGACUGAUCGUGAACAUUUUGCCCCUGAAACUGUUGGUUCUACUGCUUUAGUUGCAAUUGUUAGUUCAACACAAAUAAUUGUUGCCAAUUGUGGCGAUUCAAGGGCACUUCUCUACCGUGGAAAACUUCCCAUGCCAUUGUCUGUAGACCACAAACCUGAUAGAGAAGAUGAACAUGCAAGGAUAGAAGCUGCAGGAGGCAAGGUCAUACAAUGGAAUGGAUCUCGUGUUUUUGGUGUUCUUGCCAUGUCAAGGUCCUCAGGUGACAGAUACUUAAAACCAUGGAUUAUUCCAGAUCCAGAAGUUAUGUUUGUUCCUCGAGCAAAACAAGAUGAGUGUCUUAUCUUAGCCAGUGAUGGCUUAUGGGAUGUCAUUACCAACGAGGAAGCUUGCCAAGUUGCACGAAAACAAAUCCUUCUUUGGCAUAAAAAGCAUGGUGAUAAAUUGCGUGCAGGAAGGGGUGAGGGAGUUGACCCUGCAGCUCAAGCUGCAGCAGAGUACCUCUCAAGGCUUGCUCUUAGCAAAGGAAGCAAAGACAAUAUCACUGUCAUCGUAGUGGACCUAAAAGCUCAAAGAAGAUUUAAGAAGAAAACCCAACAUUGAGCUGUCUUGUAAUUUUUGACAUUGUUGUAUGCUGUCGAAAGUAUCCUUUUGUUUAAUGAUUUAAACAAAUACAUGAUUUUGCCCUUUUAACUUUUUCACCUGGGCUUAUUGUAAUGUGACAGUAUCUUUGUAUACUAAAGCAUGCAAUAUACGAAAUUACCUUCUAAAUUUAUCAGCCACCAUUAAUAGUCGUAAAUCCAAUGACGUGAUGGUUGAAGUUAGUAAAUCUAAUUGCUUAGUAAAUCGUAGACCCUCACGGUGGGGAAAAAUCAAGUUCCAGAAUACACAUCAAGAAAGAAAAAAAAAAGCCAAGUGCCCUAACAAGCGUGCUAGCUCGAUCAACUUGGUUUGGCACACCUAAAUCAUGAGCAACCAAAAUCAAAAUGUGGGAUGAUAUCAUUUUUCUCAGUGAAAAGGGUGAUUAUCAAAUUAUUAUUCAUUCAAGAAUCAACCAGAUUACAGAUAACCAACCAUAUCAAUGUGGAUUAGCUAUCUGGUGGUUAAAAGACCCUUAAAGACCAGAGUGUCAAACCAUGGUAAAUUAGAGGAUCCAAUGUUCAUGCAUCCAAAUGCACCAGCACAACUGUAGUUCACAUCAUCUUAACAGAAUUUAUUACAAUUGAAACUGAAAUAGGCAAGCCAAAUUUUGGUCAUUUUCCAUUCUCUAGUCCGGUACAAGUCCUUUUCCAGCAAGUUUAUACAAUUAUUUUUUGUUCUUGAUGAAAUAUGACAAGCAUUACUAUCUGAUAAUGAAACAAUUAACACACGGGCAAGCUGAUCCUUGCAAUCCGAGUCCCCUGUCACUACCAACAUUUUUUGAGAAUCCUUGAAUGCUUCAAAAGCUCUGGGCCUCAGUCAUAGAACAGAAGCUCAAAUAAGUUCCUCACUUCAGUCACAAUGACAACUAUAAAUCUUUCACACGUCUACAACUUUAGAUCCUCCAAUUUUUUUAGUCUGACAUGUUAUUUGUUCAGUC